AUCAGGAAAAUCAUAGUAAAAACAAAAUAAUUUACAAUAUUUACUUCAUGUUUAGUUCACACAUAUUGAUAAAAGUGUAGUGUUCAUUCAAUAUUAUCGUAAAUUAAAGGGACGCGUUAGUUGACACUUUUUUAUGUAAAGUUUGUUUCGCUUUAGAAAUUCAUCAACCCGAUCAAAUCUUAUUAGAACUUCUAAGUUUGACAUUAACUUCAUAUUUUUGUGAACACUGGCGGGAGAAUGGCAUUGGCAAAAGGCCUGAGGCCACUUCAGGUGGUGUUCGUGAUACUGUUCGUGAGGAUCCUGUCUGUGUUCCUGGUUCGGACAUGGUAUGUGCCUGACGAGUACUGGCAGACAUUGGAAGUGGCCCACAAGCAUGCAUUCGGAUAUGGAGCCCUGACUUGGGAGUGGCAGAAAGGCAUACGGAGCUAUUUGUACCCAAGUGUAGUAGCAGUUCUGUAUUACAUACUGAAUUUGACCGGACUGGAUUACCCUGAGGCUGUGGUUUACCUGCCCCGAAUCCUCCAAGCCAUUCUCAGUGCAGCCGCUGACUACAGCUUUUACAAAUGGACGGGGCGCAAGUGGGGCCUGUUCCUCAUCCUCACGUCUUGGUUCUGGUUCUACACGUCCGGCAGAACCCUGCUGCAGACCCUGGAGACCUCCCUGGUGGCUAUAGGUCUGUCCAAGUUCCCCUUCAAGGGAGGAAAAGUGGGAUAUUAUGAUAAAGAAAGCAGUGCUUGGGUGUGGCUGGCCAGUAUAUCGGUGUUCGUGCGGCCGACGUCAGCUGCGCUGUGGCUGGUGCUGGCGGCCUACCAGCUGUACACCACCAACCAGGGCCGGCUGAGGCUGCUCCUGCGCACAUACGCGCCUAUUGGACUGGUGUGCGGCGGCGCAUUGGUGGCCCUCGACUCGUACUUCCACGGCGACCUCGUCGUCACUCCCUGGGAGUUCUUCAAGCUCAAUAUCCUGCAAGAUGUCGCAUCGUUCUACGGCUCGCAUCCAUGGUACUGGUACCUCACCCACGGCCUGCCCGCCGUGCUGGGCGUGAACCUGGCCCCAGCGCUGGGCGCGGCGGCGGCGGCGCUGCGGCGGCCGCGCGAGCACCGCACGGCGCUGCUGCUGCUGGCGGCGGCUUCGGUACAUGUCGCUCUAUACAGUUUCAUUCCACACAAAGAGUUCCGCUUCAUGCUACCGCUGCUGCCGAUACUGCUGUACCUCGCGCAAGACGUCAUCGCUCCAUGGAGCAGGAAAGCCAAGAAAUGGCAGCUGUACGCAGUGGCUGGUACCAUCCUGGUAGCCAAUGCAGGUCCAGCACUGUACUUCGGCAAUAUCCAUCAAGCUGGCUCAUUGGCUGUGAUGCCUCUCCUACGGGACUCAUUACCUAACAACCGCAGUUCCAUUGCUUUCCUUAUGCCGUGCCACUCUACUCCACUAUACAGCCACCUCCACGUGAACGUGAGCACGCGCUACCUGUCGUGUGACCCCCCAGCACGAGGACACACACACGAAGCGGAGACCUUCUUCAACAACCCGCAGUCGUGGUGGCGCGCGCAGUACUCCGGCCGCCAGCCGCCGGCGCUGCUGGUGCUGUUCGACAAGCUCAGGGGGCGGGUGGACGCUAUCUUGAGCGGAUACCGGCUGAUACAUCAAGUGCCUCAUACGCAGUUCCCCGAAGGCGAGGUCGGUGAGAACAUCCUGGUAUACCAGAAGGUGGAAAGAAACAGCCCGUCACCAAUAGCUGCAGACGAGGUCGUCUAACAGAGAUUAUGUUAGUAAAUUCUACUUCAUUCUCGAUCCGAUACCACGUUUAUUUGUGACAGCUAAUUACUUUUGGCUGAUUGAUAUUUUUUUUAGAGAAGGUACAAGAAUUUAUUGAAUAUGACUUCCUAAAUACCAAAAUAUAUAGACAAAAAUGACUUAUCACAAACUUUCAUUUUUCUGCAAUGUUUUUUGAGCUGAAAUUUCACAACAAUCGAUAUAGAAAUUAAAUGACAAUGCAAUAUUAUAUUAUAAGCCUGAAUCUAAUGAUGACUUCUAUAUAGAUUAUAUGUUAGCGUUCUAAAAUUAUCUAUUACAUUUUGACACUGCCAAAUUAGGCUUAACGAUUUGACGCGAAAAUAUACAUUUAUAUUUUUAAUCUAUUAAAAAUGCAAAAUGACUAUCAAGCAUACAAAAACUCAACCUUGUUGUGCAAAGCAUAAGGUUCAGAUUUCAUUAUUUAGUUUUCUUAAUAAUGAAAUUUCAAUGGUGCCAACGAAAAAGUCGUGUUAAUUCUUCAUAAACGUAUCACUUGACGCAGCAUUUUAUGAAACCUUGAUAACUUUAGGUGUAAGUUCGACACAACGGGAAGUCGCACCGUUGUAUAUGUGUUCGGUAAAUUAAAUGAACAUUUUUUUAAGUGUAUUUAUAAUUCUAUUUGAUAUUUUAAUAAAUCGUCCCUGUAUACAUUUCUAAUGCAAUAUUUUUUAAAAAUAAUGCACACAAAUGUAAUAUGUCAGCAUUUAUUUUAACACAUGAGAAAUAUCGAAGAUAAAUGAUUAUAUUUUUUUACCCACUUUCAUACUCAAAUAAAAAAUAACAGUUUGAUGGCUGGGAAAUUUACUUCCCCUCCUUAAUAGUGCUUCUGUGUGAAGGUCGGAAAGUUUUGAUUAAAUCAUCUCAAUUUUGCUAACUAAUUACGUCUGAUUCAACUUAUUUUAGUCAAAUACGUAAAAAUAUUGUGGAUAAUGUGUACAUGGACUAUUGAAAUGUGUGUGUAUGAAUGUGCGAGCGUUGGAAAAAGAUGUUUAUAUUUUAUCGCUUCCCCCACGUGACCAGUGUUUCUUGGCCUCUUACACAAUGCAUUAACAAAUUAAUAUCUAAAGCAGCUUAAUAUAUUGAAUUUUAUUGUACGUACCACAGACCAAAUACAGAGAAGGUCCUGUUGUGUGCACAGACGUUACCAAAAGGGAGCGGAGCUUAUUUUAUUUUCACUUCGCUUACCCCACUCGUUUGCCCCAGCCCGCGUAUCGUUACACAACUUUUGUGAAAUGGUAAUACGGCGUCUCCUCUUUGUUUUUGCUCCAUGGUACCUACCUAUGUCUCACAGAUAUAUAAAUUUCUUAUAUAUUCGUCGUUUCCCCACGCAGAAAACCAGCGAUCAUCUACACCAUAUCGUAUCGCUCCAGUAAUGCAUCUUGAUCUUAUUGGCUCACCAGAUUAUGUACGUCAGAUGUCAAGUCCUAACCUAAGAAGCAUAUUAUGCAGCAUAUGCAUCCUUGGAUAAUAUCUGCGGUGGAAGUACAGCGGCCACAAUCUGGGUAUGGCCCCGUUUAUAUAAGUGAUUGUGUGUCCCCAUCUAUGCAAACCCGUCGGUUUUGGUCGUGAAACUAUAGAUAUUAAUGAAGCACUCCCAAAAAUUUACGCAAGUUACGUAUACUGCCAUCUCUUUCAUCUGUAGCUCGACCUUUCUUCUUAUAUAUUGUGAGUAAUAUACAUAGGUAUAACAUUUAGUUAUACCUUUCACAGCUCAUAAAGUAAUCGGGCAACAGCUGAAAGAAAUGGAAAUAUGUAUUUAGCAUCAAAUAGUUGUUAGCAGUGCGGGUUCAAUUAUCUAUAGCUUUAUUCGAUCAAGAAUUUCUAGUAUCAUUAAUAAGUAGUAAUGUAACCGUAAAAUGAAACCAAGCCGAGACCAAGAAACACUGAUGUUAGUUUUCUUUGCUUUAUGUCCAUGACUGAUUCUUGUAAGCGAGUACAAACUUUUUGUUUAGUGUAUACUUGCCAAAGUUAGUAUUAAAAUCACUAACACUAACUUAAUAUGAAAUAGCAUUGCUAACUUUACAGAUAAUACGAAAUUGUGCGGGAACUUAAUGGUUAGAAGCAAAAUGGUUAGAAGUAAAAGUAUAGUACCAGCCGAUGCAAUAAUAAAAAAUGAACUAAUUGCAAUAGAAAAUCAACCCUAUGUUACUGUGGUCAAAGUUUAAAUUGACAUAUAAUGAAAUUAUUAUUUUUAUGUAUAUUAAAGAAACUAUUUAUUUUGCUUCACUUUAAAUUUUAUUUGAGACUGUUAUUGUAAUCGUUGGUUUCUGAAAUGUUUUCCCGCCCUUUUGUUUCAGCCUUAUUUGUAAUGCUACCACCGAAAAUUUAAUAUUAUUAAGCUCCACAUGUUUUAUAAGCGUUCUAUAUAAUUCAAUAAAUUCAAAAGUAUACCUAGUGUAAUUUAAAAAAUUAAUAUACAUGGACAAAUCACACAGGUUGAGUUAACCCCCAUUGCUUGUGUUAUGGGAUACGGACUCAACGACACUAUAUUUUAAAACAUAAUAUAAAUUAUAUAGAUAAAUUAACAUCAUAAACAUCCAAGACACAUAUCAAUCUGAAAAAGAUCCUUUUCCAUCUUGACGACCAGGGAUCGAACCCGGAUCGACGUCCAGUGUAGCAUUCCGUCAUGAUGACUAUUCUAUCGAAUAUGUAUAUGGAUGUUAGAUUUAUAUAUCAGUAACGAAUAUUCAUAUGUAUUUAUAGUAUAUGAAUUACCUAUUCAUUACGUUACUUGUUAAGCGUGAAUAAUGUACUAAAAGUUGAUGAUAAUUCAUAAUUUCAUUCAAUCAUAGAGCGCUUAUAAAACAAAUAAAAUGUAAUAGUACCUAAUUUUAUAUGAACAUUGUCUUAUACGUAUUGUUUCUAUACUUCAGUACAUAGUACCUCAAUUGUCUCUUUAUAUUGUAAUAAUUAAUUAGAAUUGGUAAUUUAUCUAUAAUUGCAAUACAAUUUUCUUAUUAUUUUAAUGCGAUUUUUCUCGUAAAUAGGCUAUUAUGUAGAUUAAUAUACUAUUGCCUUGCUCAAAUGUAAAGACAAUUUGUUUAAGAUCUCUGAAAUGUCUUCGUAAUAUCUAAUAUAUUUUAUAAUUUCGGGGGCAUUGAACUGUAGGAACUACUUUUGUGAAAGCUUACGUUUUUUUGAGGCAAUUAAAUUUAAACUACUAUCAAAACUACUGUCAAGAGAAUCUACUUUACUUUUGGGAUUGUUUGAUUCAUAUAAUGCAUUAAUCCUGUAUGUAGAUUAUAGAUGUAGAAUUUUAAUACUGAGUCAGUAUUUACUAUGUUUAAUGCCCCCUUUUAAUGAAAUGCAUACUUACUAGCGAGUUAACAAUACUUUUUUAACUUUUAUACUUACCCGUCAAUAAUUAACGCAAUUUACAUUAUUAUUAAUGAAAUUAUAUAUAUAUAUAUAUAUAUAUAUAUAUAUAUAU